AUGCAACACUUCGCAGAUAAUAUGUUUGCAAUUGCGGAUCCGAGGGAAAGAGGAAGUGACACGCUCCCAGGGGACAUGCAAAAUGUGGAGACGCCCCAGCAAGAAGGGUCCACGCCGCCCCCGAUUUAUGAUGCCGGCACUUCUUACCUUUUGAAGCCAAUGAGCUGCCCUCUACAUCUUUCUUACUUCUUUGAUCGUUCUGUUCGAUUAGGUUCUGCUUUACCGCUACGUAUAUGCGAAUUUGGGCAUGUUUAUCGACGGGAGGUACCCAGCGCUCUUUGCGGCCUCAUGCGAAUGCGCGAGUUCACUCAGGACGAUGGCCACAUUUUGUGUCGCAUGUCUCAAGCUCUGGCAGAAGUAACGGCAUUUCUUUCCGCGUGUCAAAAGCUGUACAAGGCAGCGGGCUUUUGUAAGGGGGAAAUAAUCUACCACAUCUCGACGAGGCCAGAAAGCAGUCAAGGUUCAGAACAGGAAUGGGCCGAUGCCGAAGGGCUUCUGCGUAGCGCUCUUGAACAGCUUGAGAUCCCUUUCACGGUAGCCCGAGGAGAAGGCGCCUUCUAUGGCCCAAAGAUUGACAUUCAUCUUCCAGGCGUAGAUGGACGGCUGUGGCAAACAGGGACUUUGCAGGUUGAUAUGUUUUCUCCCAAGAACUUCGGUCUUGAGCCCACACCCGAAAAUAAUGACCGUCUGUGUCUCCUGCACCGCGCGAUGUGCGGUUCCCUUGAGCGUUUUCUGGGCCUGGUGCUGGAGCAUUUAGAUGGCCACUUGCCAUUUUGGCUGGCACCCACCCAGAUUCUUCCUAUGAAAAAAGCUGUUGAAGGCGAGCUCCUGGAUACUCUCAUCGAACAUCUCACCCGCACUGCCACCGUAAGUGCGCGGCACGUGUCCAAGUCCGCGAAUCGUAACAAAUUUGCCUUCCUCGGCGAGACAAAGCUGGUCGUGGUGUGGGGUAAUUAUUACUCUUUACCUGCAGUUGGACCCUCCAUAGGUGCCCCAGUGAACAAGUUGAUCUUAUGUGCCUAA